AUGGAAAAUCAGCUUAAAGUCUACCGACAUUCGUUACCGGUACGUCUAUAUCGUGGACAGUUAAUGGCGCUGGAAGAAUUACAAUUAUUAAAAAAAUCAGAAAAUCAGUUAAUUUCAAUGAAUUCCUUUCUUUCAACAACUAUGAAUCAUAAAGUCGCAAGUUUUUAUCUCGGUUCACCUGAUAGUGAAAGCGACUUGCAAAAAGUUUUAUUUGACAUCGAUGCCGAUCCAAAUCAAGAUGGUAUCAGAUCAUUUGCUGAUGUAUCAAAUAUGAGUGAGUACCCAGACGAUGAAGAAGUAUUAAUGAUGUUAGGAUCAGUCUUUCGUUUGAAUGGUGUUAAUAUGGAUGAUAAUAAAAUAUGGCGUCUUAAAAUGAGUUUAUGUAGUGAGAACGAUUGUGAUUUAAAAAAUAUUUUUCAUCAUAUGACAAAUCAAUAUAGCUUGAAGAAUACUAGAUUAACCUUAUUUGCAAGUGUUCUUAUUGAUAUGGCUAAUUUUGAUGAUGCUGAAAAAUAUUUACGUCGACUUUUGCAACAAAUGGUCAUUCAUUCUAUAGAUAUUUAG